AACUGCUGGCAACACUGAUUCACCUAAACACUCCGGCGUGGCUUUCACAGGUGCAUGGGGAGAGCUAUUUAUUUUACCCAUUUUGACCCUCCAGGCCUUACCUCUGAAGAUAGACAGGAAUCAUGGGUAAAGUGAAGCAGCGGCGGCAGCGAGGGCAGCGUUACAACCCCACAGGAGUGCCCCAGAAUGGCGAGGACAGAGCGGAGGGGCAGGCGAGGUGCCCCACUGUGGGUCUCAGACUGGUGGAGGAAAAGAUUACAAAUCCCCUGCCUGAGGAGCGCCUGUGUGGCCUGAAUACUUUGGCCGCCAUGGCCCUGGAGGAAAAAGGGCCAGCCUCUGUGGUCAAGACGUCUCUUGUGUCCAAGGUGUCGGCGCUGCUGAAGGACCCAAGUGUUGAAGUCAGACUGGCAGCAGCAGGAGCUCUACGGAAUAUCAGUGCUGGUGGGUCGGAUGAAGUGGUGGAAGCCAUGGUGCAGCAGGAGGUAUUGGGACCACUGGCAGACCUGUUGUCUGAGUACCGUGAGUCCUGGAGCCCUGCCACCACAGACCUGGGCCAAGAGAUUCCACGAGAUGCCGACCCUGUUAGCAACACCUUUGUUCAUGCAACACACCUCCUCUGGAACCUGUGUGAAUGCAGUGAGGAGGCCAUGAAUGUGUUUAACCAAAAGGGUUUGGUUCAAGUUCUCCUGCGCCACCUGGACCCAGCUGCCUGGGGCCACACCAUGGCUCUGGCAGCAGCUGAGUGUCUGCUGUGUGUGACAGAGAACAACCCAAGUGCUGCCUCAGUGUUGCUUCCUUGUGCCGACGAUCUUGUGUGCUUUAUUUCCCGCCCCAAGGAGGAGCCCAUCAAUCUGCACUUUGCCACAACAAUUGCUGGAGCAUUGUUGAACAUUAACUAUUGCACCUCUGGAAGCAGCAACUUUCAACUUGUGUUGAAGGUGUUGUCCAGCAUGCUCGAGGUGCAGCCUUCAUCCCUGGUGACACUCUAUACCCAGGACACGUCAGGCACCAACUCCCAGCUCUCUAUGACUCCACAGGAACUGGAGCACAUCAUUUUAGGACAACAGUUAGCGCUAGAAAUUUUAUCAAACAUAUGUUGUCCUGAAGAUGAUGAUGAUGAUGAUAACUUGGAUGAGUGUGAAGAUGGACACUCAGAUGAAGAAGAAGGAGGCUGUAUGGAGACCAUGGAGGAGGAUGGUGCUAGAACCACACUUAACCCUGAGGUUCAUGAGGGGAUCUGCCACUUCAAUUUGUUCGAGAAGACUCUCCAGAAAGCUGAGUUUCCAGAAGAAGGUGUCAUCCAGGCUUUGUCCACCUUGAAGUUUGGGCCGUCCUUAUUAGCAAAGCUGGGUGUGCUGCGGACACGUGCUCUGUUGUGUCUACAGAACAUGAGCAGUGCCCUGGAACUAGGCGAGUUGGGUGGGGCUGACUUGCUCUACUCCACCUGGGUUAGAUUGGGCACUAUGAUAUUCCAGAACACUUGCACAGACAGUGGGUUGUUAGAGGCAACGGCUGGGGCCAUGCGUGCCAUUAUAGACCGUCUCAGCCAGGAUCACUGUGACAAGCUGGCAUCAAUAACACAACAAGACUUGCAGCUGAUCUUCCAAGCUGGUGUGUCGUGCCCUGUUGCCAGUGUGAGAGGCAACCUGACUCGCAUGGUGGGUGUGCUGGGCUGCCUCCUUGUCACUCAGUCCUCAGAGGAGUUGCUCAGUUCUGGCAAUGUUUUUGAAGUGCUCAAUGCUUCCACUGAGUUCUUAUUCAAGGUUGGUGCCCACGAUGCUGAGCUGUGGGUGUCAGCAGAGGCUCUGGACGUCAUCAUCGAUUUGUACUCAGAUGAUAAGACAGACAAGUUGGCACAUCAUGUCCGACUGACAGACAGACUUAGAGGCAUUCAGCCCCAGUUUAGGGCAAAAUACCAGCAGCAGAGGAAGAGGCUUGGUGACCACCGGGCUCUGGUGCUUACUGUGAAAGACAACUUGGGAGGCUUCAUCAAGUACAAGGGGCCCAGAAUUUCUAAGUUCAGCAAGACGUAAUGUUCACCAAGCCACAAGUUACAUAUGUUUGGGUACGUUGUAAAGUACACAAAUUUUGUUGUAUGUUUUGUUACUAAAUUGUCUAGUUUAGUAGAGGUUUUAGGAAUCUUUAUUUGAUCUUUUCAGCUUUUAUUGAAGAUAUCAACCAUUUCCUGAAAGUUUGAGUUGCUUUGCAGAGUUAAAAACUUGAUAGUGUCUGUCUUUCUGUUUUUAGUGUUAUCUAUCCAUUCACAGGAAGUUGUGCAGCUGAAGUGGAGAAUUAAUUCUUAUCAGUCUUUAUAUUAUUGCAAUGCACAUUACUAGAAACUCCAGCAAGGAAGUGGUGAUGGCAGGAGUGUCUUGGCAGGGUCUUGUGCUGCUGUCUGUGGUUUUAAAGUGUUCAUACAUUGAUACUCAUCCAUAUUCUCAUAGCAAUAUAUUUUGACUUCAUACAUCAAAUGCACUAAGAUUUUUCAUUUUUUUGUUGAGUAUUUAUAAUAAAAUAUUACUGCAAUUAUAUUUUCAGAGGUACAGUGUAUAGUAUAUGUUUAUGAAAAAAAAUGCUGUAGUAUUACAACAUCAGAUCUUGAAUUCCCUUAUAAUGUAUACAUAGAACUUUUGUAUAACUCCCAUAACCCAGAAUGACAUUGACAUUUAUAUACAUAAUAAAAGUUUUUUUUUACAAU